AUGUAAAUCAAAGUUGAUAUUGGCUCUUAAUUUUCAUCUAAUUUUAUGUCAAAUACACUUACAUAAACAACAACAAUAGAUGCUUCCUUUAAGAAGAGAUUCAUUUACAAUAUAUUAUUGAAUUGUUUACAGGAAAUAAUAUUCAAUGAUUUAAUCUAACGCUAAGCAAUAUUUAAACUCAAACGUAUAAGAAUGGUGAUAUAAUAAAUUAGGAAUUAAGAAAGAUCUUUGCAGACUAGGAUGAAAUGCAAAAGAGAAGUUGAUAGUAGGAUGAAAUAUUUUAAUUCAAAUGAGGUGCUAAUUAUUAAAGUAGUAAAUAAUUAAAUAAAAAAUAAAAUGAUGAAUAUUGAAAUUGUUUCAAAUCAGAUUUAAAUACAUCAAGGUAUUAUUGACUCAAAUAAACUCGAUAUAAAAUAAUGA